AUGUCGUGGUAUUUUCGAUUUACAAGGCGGCGGCAGCAGCAGCAGCACAUGACGGGAGAAGGCACCAAGGCCAUCGGGGAUAAGACGGCACCCAGCUGCAUGUCGACAGAGAGCCAUCUCCAGUCCCUGAACAGGGGCCCCUUGUCUCCGUUCCUCUGCCGUGACGCCAUUUCGCGUCGAGAUCGCUCAGGCAGGCAGGGCCAGGCGUCGGCGGCGUAG